UCCGGCAUCCGGACCUGGAGGGGCUGCUCUGAAGACGGGCGAGCAGCAUGGAGGCCCACGGCGAAUCCCAGCCCGACGCGAGCUGUUCCUCGUUUUCCCGGGACGGCUCCGGGGUCUCGGUGUCCAGGGAGCUGCUGACGGCGGGCAGCGGCGGCCGCGGAGGUAUAUGGGACAGGUUGCUCAUCAACUCCAAGCCUAAUUCCAGAAAGAAUUCCACUCUUCAAACAGUUCGAAUAGAGAGGAGUCCCCUAUUGGACCAAGUACAGAGCUUUCUCCCACAGAUGGCUCAGGCAAACGAAAAGCUAAGGAAAGAAAUGGCAGCUGCACCACCUGGUCAUUUCAAUAUUGAAAAUAUUGACGAGACUGUCGGAAAAGUUAUACAAAUGGAUGUGGCCUUGUUUGAGAUGAAUCAGUCUGAUUCAAAAGAAGAGGACAGUUCAGAAGAGAAUUCACAAGACUGUUCAGAGGACAGUUCAGAAUUUGAGGAUGAAGAUGAUAGCACCUCUUCUGAAGGUGAAGUUACCAUCGAUACCAUUAAGCUUCCUCAUUCAGAAGAUGGAAAAGGCAAAAUAGAGGUUCUGGACCAUCCUGCCAGUGAAAAAAAAGAAGCAGGGAAAUAAACAAUCUGAGAAACAGCCUACGACAUCUUGUAAAUACUCUGAAGAUAAUUCUCCAAGUUCCUUCUGGUAUUUUUCAUUGGGAAUUGGAAAUUGGCUGUGCACUCAAAGUAUGCAGAAGUGAACAGAUCUGGAAAGGAGACUUCUCAGCUGCAAAGGGUAUUAUGCUGUACUUUGUAGCACCAAACACAGGUGUGAUGAAUUAUUGGUGUGAAUAUUUAAGGAUUGUCUUCUACUAGAUAAUAUUUAUGCCACAUUGUGGGAAGAGUUGCAUUUGUCUGGUUCACUCCUUAGCUUGGUGCAUGGUACACGGUAGGCACCGAAUGAUGUAGAUAAAUGAAUUUACAGGUAUAUUGAGGAUGUACAGGGCAUUUUAAGCCAUGGUAUCCAUGUGGAUAUGAAAGUGUACCUUCACCGGAAAUACAAAGCCUAGUAGAAAUAGUCUGAUGGUCAGUGAAAGAGACUAGUCAGUCUAGAAAUAUAUACUAGUGUGUAGAAUUAUAUUUCUCUCCUGCCAUGACCUUCUCCUAUAAUACAACUAGGUAUUCUAUACAGUUAAAGAAGUCAACUAAAUUCAGUUCCUCUGGACAUUCUUAUGACAUAGGAGGAAAAGGAAAAACAAAAAUUUAAUAUGUGAUAGGGAUGUCGUUUGAAGUAAGUGUAAAAUGGUUGAAUUAUUUAAUAUACAGAGUCAGGGAUGGCUGUUUUUAAACAGAGUUGGAUACUAAGAUAAAUUAUGUAUGUCUUAAAGGUUUAAAUAUAAAGAAAUUAUAAGUUUCAUACUAAAAUAUAGGUGAAUAUUUAAUAACAUAGUUGGGCAAAGUUUUUUUUUUUUUUUUUAAAGCAGAACAUCAAAGCUUGAAAUUACAAAGGAAAAGAGCAUAGAGUCAAGUUUGAGAAUCACUGGUCUAGGUCUUAGGUCCUCUCGACUUCACUUUACCCACCGGAUCCCAGGAAUACUUCCACCACACUCUCAUGGCAACAUAUUACUUCACUUGACCUACCAAGACCUCUCAUUCUGUCACACCCCAACCAUCCCAUCUGUUUCCGUCAUUUGUCCCAAAGCUGCUUUAGAGUAGUCUAUACCAUCUGCUUAAACUCCUAACUUUUCAGCCCUCUGCAAUUUGGCUUUUGAAACUGUUUCCCUAAAGUCUUCCAUUACUGAGUAUUCAUUCGGCUGCCAUCUGAACUAGACUGUGAAUGGAACUCAAUUUCUUCCUCUUCAGAUCAUCCCC